CAUGCUUGAAGCUCAACUUAGAGAGAAAUGGGAAUGUUGAAAAACCUUCGAUUUGUAUUCCUUUGUUGUUUUUCUCUUAUACUUCUAGUUCAUGCACAAGAUGAUCAAUCAGGUUUCAUCAGCUUGGACUGUGGACAGCCAUCAAAUUCUAGCUACUCCGAGUCAACAACCGGCAUUGACUACAUUUCAGAUGCAGCCUUCAUAAGCACUGGUGUGAGCAAAAGCGUCGCACCUGCAUACAAAGCUACUCAUCAGCUACAGGCAGCUUAUGUCAGGAGCUUUCCUCGGGGGGUCAAGAACUGUUACAAAGUAAACAUCACAAAGAACACCAAGUAUUUAAUCCGAGCUGCUUUCCUGUAUGGUAAUUAUGACGGCCUAAACAAGCUGCCAAAGUUUGAUCUUGUCAUCGGAGCUAGUUACUGGGAUUCAGUGGCAUUUAUUGAUGCAUCUUUAAGUACCAUCAAAGAAGUUGUUCACAUUCCCACGUUAGACUACAUAAAUGUGUGUUUACUCAACAAGGGAACCGGAGCACCAUUCAUUUCAUCAUUGGAAUUAAGGCCUUUGAAAAACACUACUUAUCUGACUCCAACGGGUUCAUUGGCACUCUCCUUUCGAUUAGAUGUCGGUUCAACAGUUAAUCAAACAUACAGGUAUCCCUAUGAUGCUUUGGAUCGGAUUUGGCAACCCUUCAACUUCAAUAAGUGGACGCAGUUAGCUACCUCGCUUACCGUUGAUGCUCAAAGUCACAAUGAUUACCAUGUACCAUCUUUCGUAAUGAGAUCUGCCAGCACGCCUCUAGAUCCUAGUGAUACGAUGGACUUCAAUUGGAAUGCCCCGGAUACAAGUACUCAAUACUAUAUCUUCAUUCACUUUGCUGAAUUCCAGCUGCUUAAAGCCAACCAGUCCAGAUCAUUCAAUAUCACGUUAAAUGGAGAUCAUUGGUUUGGACCUUUUGCCCCGGCUUAUUUAUCCACAAUCACUGUGUUUAGCCCCUCAGCCUUAACCGGAGGCAAUUAUAGUUUCUCACUUGUUCAAACGGAGAAUUCAACUCUCCCACCAAUUCUCAACGCCAUGGAGGUCUACACAUUGAUAGAUUUAUCACAAUCUGAAACCGACACAGAUGAUGCGUCUGCCAUCACAAACAUAAAGUCAACAUAUGGAGUGGACAAAGAUUGGCAAGGAGACCCGUGUACUCCUGAAGGCUACAUGUGGGAAGGUCUAAAUUGUACCUUCAACGGUUCCCCCAGAAUUAUAUCCUUGGAGCUGUCCUCGAGUGGAUUGACCGGGGAGAUAACUUCAUAUAUAUUUGACCUCGCCAUGUUACAAUCUUUGGAUUUAUCAAACAACAGCUUAACUGGAUCAAUACCUGAAUUUCUGUCUAAAAUGCCAAACCUGAAAGUCCUUAAUUUAGGAAGAAACAAGCUCAACGGUUCAGUUCCAGCCGACCUCAUUGAAAGAUCGAAAAGUGGUUCGCUAUCAUUGAGUGUUGGAGAAAAUGCAGGCCUAUGUGCAGAAAAUUCAUGCAAAAAGGAGGAGACAGAGAAAAAGAAGAACAUAAUUGUUCCAAUAGGAGCAGCAAUUGGUGGAUUUUUUAUUCUUGUGGUACUUGUAGUGGCUAUAUUGAUGUGGCUAAAAAGAGGAAGGAAACAACAAGUUGUAACAGCAGUUUCACAUCAACCCAACAAUCAAGUUGAUUCAUUCGAGUCCAAAAAACGACAGUUUACAUACUUGGACGUCCUGCAGAUUACAAACAACUUUCAGACAAUUAUUGGCAGAGGUGGAUUCGGAAAAGUUUACCAUGGUUUAGUCGAUGAUACUCAAGUAGCUGUAAAGAUGCUUUCUCCAACAUCAGGUCAAGGAUACCAACAGUUUCAAGCAGAGGUCAAACUUCUAAUCAGAGUUCAUCACAGAAACUUGACAAGUCUUGUGGGAUACUGCAACGAAGGAACCAACAUGGCGCUCAUCUAUGAAUUUAUGGCCAAUGGAAAUUUGGACUCGCAUCUUCUAGGUGAGAAUAAUAAUGCAAAUGUUUUGACUUGGGAAGGUAGACUCCAAAUAGCAACUGCAGCACAAGGAUUGGAGUACCUUCACAACGGUUGCAAGCCACCCAUAGUCCACAGAGAUGUGAAGACAACAAAUAUUUUGCUAGCCGAAAAUUUCCAAGCAAAAUUAGCUGAUUUUGGUCUGUCCAGAAUUUUCCCAACUGAUGGACGCACUCAUAUGUCUACUGCUGUAGCUGGAACUCCGGGAUACCUUGAUCCCGAGUACCACACAACAGGUUGGCUCAAUGAGAAGAGUGAUGUUUAUAGCUUUGGAGUUGUUCUGUUGGAGAUCAUCACUGGCCGCCCUGCGAUAUCAAGAACACAGGAGAAGGUUCAUGUAAGUCAAUGGGUUAGCUCCAUGCUUGCUAUGGGGGAUAUCAAAACUAUUCUAGAUCCGAGAUUACGUGGAGAUUACGAAAUCAACUCUGCCUGGAAGGCUGUUGAACUAGCAAUGAAUUGUGUGUCAGAUACAUCCAACAAAAGGGCAAACAUGAGUGAGGUAGUGAGAGGGCUUAAGGAUUGUUUGGAAGCUGAGUUGGCUCGAACGAACGUCAACCGUGUGACUGAAUCAACAGAUUCAGUUAUUUACUCUAUGAAUGUGACUACGGAACUUAGUCCUUUGGCAAGGUAGUUCUUUGUUCAGAAGAUGAAUUUUCCAAUGCUUUGUAUUUCAAUCUUUUUUAGUUUAUCUUGUAUUGAAGCUUGCAACUACUUAAUUGUAAAAAAAUCAAUUACCAGAGUUCGUAUUGGUAACAUGAUAUAAAAUCAUGAAUUGGCUAUCA